CGUGUUCGUUCCGAUGGCAAAGCCAAAUCCCAAUAUUCUAAUUACAGGGACACCCGGCACCGGUAAAUCGGAAUUGUGCCGGUUGCUCAGAGAGAAGCUGGCGCCUGACUUUACGUUGCAGAACGUCAGCAAGAUCGUAGUCGACAAUGGCUUUGUCGAGGAGUACGACGCAGACUUGGAGUGUCCCGUAAUGGACGAGGACCGGUUGCUGGACUUACUUGAGCCCAUCAUGCAACGCGGUGGCAACAUCGUCGAAUACCACAGUUCCGAUUUCUUUCCGGAACGUUGGUUUGCGGCCGUGUUCGUGACGUGCUGCUCCACCAACGUGUUGUACGAUCGUUUGCGACAGCGCGAGUACAGCGAACGGAAGCUUAAGUCGAACAUGGAAUGUGAAAUUUUCCAGACACCCCUCGAAGAGGCCCGCGAUUCCUAUCGGAAGGAGAUCGUUUUCGUGCUACAAAACAACGACCUUGCCGAACAGGCUGCCAAUGUGCAGCAGAUAUGCAGUUGGUUGGAAGAAUGGAAGAACAAAAGCAAUAAAAAGUAA